UCCAUACAUAUUGCUGUAUUUUUUUGUAAGUGUACAGAACUGUACUGUACUGCACCAUGUGAGUCAUAUGACAGGGCAGGUUAGCAAAAACACCUGUAUACCAGGAACCUGUGACAUCACAGUACUGGUAGACUACAGUUCCUCCUGCUCUGUGCAAACAAUAGACUGACUGUUAGUAAAACUAACAGCACAUCACAACGUACACAGGCUGAACUGUACAAAUAAAAAGUACUUUAUGACAUUUUUUAAGCAGCAGUCUGCAAUGGGCCUCUUUAGUCCCAUGCCUGGAUUGAUACCUUUGGACUUUGUCUCAAAAACUGAACAGCAGGAAUGAUGAGACAACAUUGCUCAGCCAGUCAAAUCCUCUCCCAAUGCAGCAGGUUAUCAGUGUCUGGGUCCGGGAUCCACGGAUGCAAAAGAAUGACUUUUGGCAUGCCUACUUAGACUAUGAGAUCUGUCUCCACACCAAUAGUCUGAGCUUCACCAGGAAGGUCUCAAGUGUGAGAAGAAGAUACAGUGAGUUUGUAUGGCUCAGACAAACCCUGCAGAAAAACUCAUUGCUCAUGGUAAAGUUACCCGAGCUCCCCCCUAAGAACCCGUUCUUCAGCCUGAACAAUGCCAAGCAAAUCACAGAAAGAAUGAAGGGGCUGCAGAGAUUUCUGGAAUUGACACUCAAGAGCUCUCUGCUAUUGUCCGACAGCUGCCUGCACCUCUUCCUUCAGUCGGACCUGAGUAUAGAUCAGAUGGAGGCCUGCGCCACUGGCAGGACGCACUACACUGUGGAACAGACCGUGCUGCGUUGUGGCAGAGCCCUGCGACGAUUCCACUCCCUGGAUGACCAGCAAGAGAACCAGCCGGAAGACCACAAGACCUCCUGCUCUGACUCGGACUGCCCUGUCUUUCUGGAGUCGAGCAGUGUGGUUGCAGAGGGAGCAGAGACCAAUGUUGUUGUGGAUCCUGCACCCCAAUCUAACAGGGAAGAGGACACUCGCUAAUCCCCUGAACCGGGAAUCAGGCUACCAAUUAAAUACACUAUCCUUAAGACUCAUGAUGGGAUCUUAAAACUAUCUGGACAUAACAGUACUUCAUAUUUCAGUUUAAAUCACUUGAACAACUUUAAACUGAGUGAAUUUGGGAAUAUCUCAAACAUGUAAAUAUAUUUCUGUGUAAAGUUAAUAUAUGGUGUUUCUGUACAAAGUGUUAAUAAAGACUUUUGGUGACCUUUUCA